GCCGGCCCCGCUGGCGCCGCCCGCAGCUCCCGUGGCUCCUCUGCCUAUUUUAGUCACAGCUGCGGCUCCGUGCCCGCCGCGGGACUGCCAGCGGCGACGAGCGGCAGCCCCGGGCUGUUGCCGUCCUGUCCGGGCGGCCCGGAAAGUUUUCCGCGGGGCAGGAGUCUCCAAGAUGAAUACUACAGCAAUGAGCCCACUCACUGUUACUCCACUAGGUUUUGUUCCAGACUUAAAAAAUUCCACCCUUGAUCCUCUCAAUGAGACUGCAUGUGAGAACUGGAAAGAGAUUCAUCAUCUUGUUUUCCACGUGGCAAACAUUUGCUUUGCAGCUGGACUGGUUAUUCCAACUACUUUGAAUCUUCAUAUGAUUCUUCUGCGAGGCCUGCUCACCAUAGGAUGCGCAUUAUUCAUCAUUUGGGCUACACUCUAUCGUUGUGCCUUGGACAUAAUGAUCUGGAAUUCUGUGUUUUUGGUUGUCAACCUUUUGCAUUUCAUAUACCUAGUGUAUAAAAGGAGACCGAUCAAGAUAGAGAAGGAGCUUAGCAGCCUCUACAAGAGAAUGUUUGAACCUCUCCAUGUGCCUCCAGAGCUCUUCCAAAGACUAACUGGACAAUUCUGCAACAUUCAGACUUUGAAGACAGGUCAAGCCUAUGCAGCAGAAGAUAAAACAUCAGUUGAUGACAGGCUAAGCAUCCUGCUGAAGGGGAAAAUGAAGGUGUCUUAUCGAGGGCAUUUUCUGCAUAAUAUCUACCCCUGUGCCUUUAUAGAUUCUCCUGAAUUUCGAUCAACGCAGAUGAACCGGGGUGAGAAAUUCCAGGUCACCAUUAUUGCAGAUGAUAAUUGCAAGUUCCUGUGCUGGUCCAGGGAACGGCUGACUUACUUUCUGGAGUCUGAGCCAUUUCUUUAUGAGAUCUUUAAGUACCUUAUUGGCAAAGAUAUUACAAAUAAACUUUAUUCAUUGAAUGACCCAACCUUAAAUGACAAGGCUUCAAAGAAGAUUGACCGACAGCCCAGCCUUUGCUCUCAGCUCUCUGUGAUGCAGAUGAGGAACAGCAUGGCCAGCACCAGUGACAGCGAGGAUGGCCUGCAGAUGUUUCUCCGUGGGACUUCUUCUGCGUCCUCGCUUCUGACAGGUCCAGCAGAGCGCCUUCCCUAGCUGACUCAUCGUUCACUUGCACAAAGAAAUUGCCUGCUACGUUCCAGAGAUCUCCUGGACUGCCUGCUCCCAGCCCUGUUGCCUUCCCACCAGAUACCAGGGUGGUCAAAACUCCCCAGGAGCACCAAGGCCUGUGAUCCAGUUGUUGAAAGAAGGCUCCCUUCUCCUUGCUCAGAUUGAUCAGGCAGCCUGUAGAGAUUCCUGCCGUGAAGUCUCCUCUGUUGGUCUGUUCUCUGAUCUUUGCCUUUAAGCCCUCGAGUGGCUUUUCACCUGUUCCACACACAGCAAAGUUCCGUGAAAUUGAAGCCACUCCUUUGCAUAGAGAGCCCUUGGGUGAAUUGCACACUCAGAAAGAAAUUGUAAAACUGUGUUUGUGUGAUUAGUUACAAUUAAAAUGUCUCUUUCAGGCUUAACAGCAAAACUCUUACACCAGUAUUUCAGUUUUGGGAGAAAGUGCUUGAAAUGCAUGGCAAGUUCAGCUGUAAUUAUAUAAAUCUCCAGGAUGCACUUGUGCUUAGCACAUACUUGAUAAAUACACUUUUCUCUGUUGUACUUUUCCUUGGUUUGUGUACCUUUUUUUGUAUACAGGGUGUGCUUUACCCAAGAGAGGGGGUUUAUGUGUCUUUUAUGUUCUGAAAUUCCUUCAGCCCAGCUGAGGCAGCAGCCUUCCAAGUCCAAGUACUUUCCCUUACUUUUGGGGAGGCAGAGGGAUUGCCCCUAUACCAUUGCAACAUACACCUUGGGAAGUAUUGUUAUUUCUUCUUUGUAUUUUGAUUGUGAAAUUUCUGACUUCUGUAAAAGGUUUGUUCAUCUCCUAGAACUGUAAUGCUUCAAUCUUUGUUUUUACCAAGAUAGCUUGUUUGUUUUUCCUGGGUACUGUCAUUGCCAAUGGUGGGGUUGCUGCCCAGGUGAGCUCUGCUUAAAGAUUUGUAUUCAGUGUGGGUUGUGGCCACAUAUGCCCUUUUUUCAGGUAACAGGGAAAACUGAAAAAAAUAUCUGCCAUUUGCCUUGUCACUGUUUUUCAAAAAUCUUCUGCUGGGUGCUCUCAGUGCAACAGCUGGGGUACUUUUUUGUCUGUUUUUUUAAGAUUUACUAUAAGGCACAUGCUGAGGCUUACAGUUCCAGUGCUGUUCCCUGGAUCCUCCUUCUACAGGCAUUCAUUUGUUAACUUAGAACAAAAAACCACAAUCCAAAAUCCUCAAAAGAUUUUGUGAGAAACAUAUGGAAAUGUCAGGUUUUUUUCUUUUUAUAAAAGUAGAAUAAAAAAUUAAUGAAGGGAACUUUCUUGUACAGGAACUCUAUAGGAAUACUGUUUUGUCAUUGCUAGGUGAUUGUUGUGUGGACAAAGCCUCCCACUACAAUUAUAAUUUUUACUACUAUAAUCCAAAUAAGUUUUCUUCUCCUAAUUUCCAUAUUCUUGAAAAAAUGAGCAUUUAUAUUUUUGUAUAAUCCCAUCUUUUAAAAUUAUGCAUUUAUCAGUGCUGUAAAUGAUAAGCUUUGACUCAUUUUCUCAAGAAAUUAAUAUUAAUCCUAUUUCAAAGUGUUUAGUAAUAAAAGGGUUAAAAUUACUGAUUAGUAGGUCCCAAGCCACAAUUACUAACAAAAGUACGUUUUUAAUUAAUUAAGAAACCCAACUAACUGUUUGCUUUUAUAUUAAGGAAAUAACCAACAAGAGUUCUAUAAUGCUUACGGAGUGAGUCGUUUGCAGCAUGAUGUUUUCUGUUGAUAACAUCACAUUAACUCAGCAGGCAUCCUCAAAAAGGUAUUGAAGUGGAGUUUGUUUAUCAUGUGACAUUUGUGCUUGACAUCUGUGGUCCAUCUGUAUGUAAUUCAUUAGUAAGUGAAAUAAGGUAUCUCAUUUCCCAAAAUUUGAGUUAAGCAAAAAUAGUUUAACCUGAUCACAAGCCUAGUUUCACCUGAAUUUCAGUCCUUUAAAUAAUAUUUUGGUAUUAGUUUCUGUUCUGUAAUUCUAUUGCUUGACAGCCAUUCACAUAUUUAUUAGAGAUACAGUCUUUUUUUCUGUGGUACUUGUUUUAGACAUCUCAGGUUUGCUGGUGUAUGCAUCUGUAUUUGUUAACUUCUAAGCUGAGCAGGAAUGUAAAAAGGUUUUGGUUUGGUAAUGCUUUUAGUGGUAUUAUAAAAUUAUAUGCUCCUUGCUUGUGAUUGAAAGCAGGAUUGGAUGUCACAGGAAUUUUAAUACAUAUUUUGGUUUAGGCCCUCAAGAAAGGGCAGCAAAAUGUAGUGAAAGGAAGGUAUGGCUCAGUCACUUGAACAUCUGUCCAACACUGGAUAAUGGCAUCAAUAGACAAAAUUUUGUAUUUGGAGCAAAGAGCAUGUCUUUGCAACAAACAGGCUGAGGGAAUUAAGCCUUAUAUUGGAUCCUGUUGUACAAACUUAUGGCCGCUUACUUCUGUUUUCUGGAGGGAAUUAAGUGGCUUUAAACAGAAGAAAACCAUUUUAAAAAUAACAAUAAACUACACUGAAACAAAGAUCUACCAAAAAAAAGCAUCUGGAGCUGUAACUCAUCAUUUUCAGGCGCCCUUUUACCUUCGGGUGUCUCCCAGAAAAGCCAAUUUUGUAUCCAAAUGUACCCACAGAUGCUGGGUGGGGCACAUUAGCCAGUUAAUUGCUCUAGUUACCCUUUGCUUAGGCCAUAAAACACAUCUGUCUGGGAAGAAAUGUUUAAUAAUUUCAGUUUAAUAUGUUUAAAUAAUUUUAAUUUAAAAUGUUUAAUAAUUUCACAUCUAAAAAUGUGCUUGAGUAACCCUGUAUUGUGGCAGUUUAAGUAAUUUUUGAAUCUCAAAAGAAAACACUAAUACAUUUUCAACAUAAAAAGUUCUGAAACACCAAUUCCAAACAUUGUCUUUGUGAAUAUGACUUAAAAAUGCAUUAGUGUCAUAACUUGCUGGUGUUGCCUGUGUCUGUAUAUUGUUCUCUGUGUGUAACACAUCCAGUGUAAAUGAGUGUAAAAGCCCUCAUAAGUGGGCUUCUUUAACACAGCACUUUACUGUCUACCUGAUAAAUGUUUCUUAAAAAUAAGAGUGUGUUACAGCUAUCAGUAUUUUUUUCAAGAACAUUUAAAUUUUUAGCUUGGAUGCAAACAGUCUGUUAGCAUGGCCUUUAUCUCUUGUUGUUUUCUUCUCAAAUGGGAUUUCAGAGAUUUCCAUAAUCUUUUUGGUCAUCAUAUGCUAGCUGUUUGCAGCCUCAUACUGUUGUGGUGGUCUGAGAAGAGGGUACUGAGAAAAAUACAUGUCCACAUGUAGAUUUGAUUUCAGUAUGAACAGUGGAAAACAGAACUGUUCAGCUGGUGAUUCAAGGGAGUUCUGUGGUUUGACCCUCAUACUGAAAAUUUAACUGCAGUAGAGGUAGUUUGCAUUGGUAACUUGCCCUAAAACUCCAUUUAAUGUCUUGACAGUGAAAUCUGUGGUGUGAGCCCUGCCCUGGCAGACAAGUUGCUGCCUUUCUAAAAGGUAGUUUUUUUGCAGUGAAAUCACUGUCAGUUGAAAAUUAUGUGGUCUUUGCCUGUAAAUCUUGUUUUCUCUAUGGUUGUUUAUGGAGAUAUAAAUCUUGUAUAAGUUUUACAUUAUCAGGCUGCGUAAAACUUAUGAAGAUGUGUCAGAGGAGGUUUAGGUCAGCUUUUAGGAUAAGGCUCUUCACCCAGGGUGUGGUUGGGUAGGCUCCCCAGGGAAGUGGUCACAGCACCAGGCUUGGCAGAGUUCAAGAAGGUUGCGUCUAAGUGUCUGGACAAUGCUCUCAGGCACAUGGUGUGACUCUUGGGACGUCCUGUGCAGGACCACGAGCUGAUCCUGAUGAGUCCCUUCCUUCCAACUCAGCACAUUCUGUGACUUAGUGCUUUAAAGGCAGUUGUGGCUUUGAUGCUGUGCCCCUCCAAGGUUUGCCCAGUGCACUGAGGAGCCUCCCCCGCAGCCAGGGCAGCGUGCAGAUGUACACACCCUUUGUACUUGGGGCAGCCACUCAUGGUUGAAUGGAGGUGGGUCAGUGAGGGAGUGUAAGGGUGAGAAAAUGAUCUCUGGGGAACAAGCAGUGGGCACCCUGUGCAGUUGGGGUCUGGGUCUGCACUGAACCUGGGGAGAAUGGUGUGUCUGUGGUUAGCAGCAGGCAUUGCUGGUUCAUAGCAGCGUGGUUGUUCCAUGUCUAGAAUUGCCUGGCGCUCUGGCCAAAUAACAAAGAAACCUUCACUUAGAAAUCCUCUCACGAAGCAACUAGUGCAGGGUCAUCAGAGUGUGUCCCCUUUGUCACAAAUAGGUCUAUGCAGCAGGUGUGUGUUGUUAAAUUAACUGGUAAUUUCUUUGUACCUGUGACAGGCCCAGGGCGCACAUCUCCUUACCUGAGAACGUCAGCAAAGAUGAAGCCCAUAGAGGAAAGUGUUGAGGACGAUGUCUUUGAAGCACCGUCUGCUGAUAAGCUCGAGCUCCAGCGGCUGCCUUAAACAGUUGUGUCCUUAGGUGUAUCAGAGCUUGCACAAAGCUCCAGUGCAACAGGAAGGAGAUGAAUUUGGGAGGAGUCUGAAAGCUAAGCCCACCUCUCCAUGUUUGAAUUUACUGCAGCAUAUGCCAGUGGUUUCUAGAUACAAAUGUCAUGUAUUAUUUUACUUCUAAAUAAAAUAAAAUAAAUAAAAACUUG